AUGGACAAUCCCACUGCGACGCCCUACUCUCUGCAUGACAUUCUGACUGUCGCUUCCAUCCAUCCUUUUUAUCGAUCGGACGCUCAAUAUCCCCCCGAUGCAGAACGGAUAAAACAGAUUCUUGAGCAACAGAAGGACACAAACACACCUUCAUUGGCCAGCGUGCCGCUCACCUACAAGAAGGACCUUUACAAGGCGAUUCAACGCCUGAGUACCGAUCGCAGCAGGGGUAAUGUGUACCGACACAGUUCAUAUAUCAGCACCACCGGCGGCGGCAGUGGCGGAAUCCCAAUGGCUUUUCUGACGGAUUCCACGGAGAACCGCGCUCAGCGGGCACACUGCGGGAGACUCAUGCGGCUCUGUGGUGUGAUUGAACCAGGGGAUUGGAUAGUGACUGUGCAUACAUCGGGAAACCUGUACAGAUCACUGGACCUGAUGGCCGAAAGGAUGGAGUAUGCAGGUGGAUCCGUCUUGUGUGCUGGGCACCUCAUGCCCCAUCCGGAACUCGUCCAGUUAUUCCUUGAAUAUCGCGCGAAUGUUCUAUGUGGGGACUCGUCUCAGAUCCUGCAAUUUGCCCUGCAUGUCGCUUCCUUGCCAGCCGCCAUGCGUGAAGCUCUUUGCAUAGACAAGAUUCUUUACACGUCGGAGCCUCUGGUGCGCUCGCAGCGAAACUACCUUAUCUCUGUCUUUGGGUCCGUCAAGAUCUGCUCUGCGUUUGCGAACGCUGAGUCUGGACCCUGGUGCGUUAUGAACAUGGCUAUCACGGGAGAUAAAGCAGACGACGCCGCUGAUUUUAUCUUCGAUACCCGUACAAUUCUUGUAGAGGUGCUCUCACCUUCUGCAGUAGACGAAAGCCAGACCGGCGCAGAUCCCAACGACCAGACCGCCGUGAAGGAAGUCCACCCUCUUCCUGACGGCGAGACUGGAUCCCUUGUGCUGACCUCGCUACAACGAUUGCGCAAUCCCCUGGUGCGAUAUGCCAGCGGAGACGUCGGCGCUCUUCUCCCGCUCCCUUCGACGCAUUCCAUCCCUGCCGAGACCGCGCAGCACCUCAAAGUCCUCCGCCUGCGGGGCCGAGACCAGCGGUUCAGUUUCAAGUGGCAGGGGAACUACUUCGAGUUCCACUUCCUGCGAGAGUUCAUGCAGCGAGAAGAUCUGGGUGUUCUCCAGUGGCAACUCAUCCUGAGCGAUGACGAGGCCUCGCAUGCGCAUCACUGCGAGGUUCGUAUUCUCCGAGGUACUACUGAUAAACCAGACGAUGAGGUGGCAAAAAUCCUAGAGCGCGUCUUUGAGGUUACCCCGGUGAAUGCUCCUCUGUUCCAUGUGACAUUUUUGGGGGGCACCAGGGGCUUCGAGCGUAGCGCUACUGGGAAUAAGGUGAUGCGGUUUGUGGAUAGGUCCACACAAGGCUGA